GUCACUGACAUGCGCAGAAGCUAGAUGACGGAUCACGGUCGCGUGCGAUUGUCCAGUAGUUCAAAUUAGCCUUCAUUGCUAACCUUUCACCAAGGCCACUUUUACAUUUUGUGCUGUUCAUAAAAGUAUAAUAACUGAAAAUUACAGUUGUAUAAAUGGGUUUGUUAAUGUAAAGACAUUAGUUGGCCUUUUCGAGGUGUUUAAAAUGUUUCGCAGCAGCAGCACAGAGGAGGUGACCGGUGGUGAGGGCUCGGAGGGCGGGCCGGGGGGCGGUUUGUUCCCCGCUGACAGGAGCAGACUGAACGAGACCAGCUCCUGUGAUCCCCCAUCAGUUUCCUCCACUUCAUCCCGGCAAAGUUUAAAUGAGGAAUGCACGACCUCCAGCCAUGGCCCAUCUCUGCCGCGAAUGGCCUCAGAAGGUCAGCUACACCACAGCCUCAGGACUGGGAGGUCGACCUCAUUGCUCUUCGACCCUACUUCAGAGAGCUCCUCUUUCCGCAGCCGUGGAGGAACCCCGAGGCUCAGAAGGACCCCAGGGUCUGCUGGGGCCACAGGAACAAGUUGCUCCUCUUCAUCCACAGCCCCCGUUCCCUCUGUGAUUGUGGCGGUGGUUGAAGGCCGCGGUUUGGCCAGGGGAGAGAUUGGCAUGGCCAGUCUCAACCUGAAAUGUCCAGAGCUUGUACUCUCUCAGUUUGCAGAUACAGGGACGUAUGCAAAGGUCAUAACAAAAAUUCACAUCUUGGUGCCAGUGGAAAUACUGAUGCCAGACACAGCCAGUGAGAAGGGGAAAGGGACAAAGCUGUUCAAGCUCAUCAAUGAGAAUUUUCCGGGUGUAGCAUUCACAGCAAUCCAACGCAAGUAUUUUAAUGAGAGGAAAGGACUGGAGUACAUUCAGCAGCUGAGUGCCCCAGAAUUUGGCACUGUCCUCAUGGAAGUACAAGCUAAGUAUUAUUGCCUGGCUGCUGCAGCAGCUUUGCUUAAGUAUUUAGAGUUCCUCCAGAACUCUGUCUACGCUGCCAAGUCUCUUAAAGUGAGCUUUAAAGGGAGCGAACAGACCGCCAUGAUUGACUCAGCAUCCGCCACUAACUUGGAGUUGGUGGUUAACAAUAGAGACCACAGGAGUGAACAUACUCUAUUAGGGGUACUCAACCACACAAAAACACCUGGUGGGGCUAGAAGGUUGCGUUCCAAUAUUUUGGAGCCUCUCGUUGACGUCGACACCAUCAACAUACGCUUGGACACGAUACAAGAGCUGCUGCAGGACGAGGAGCUCUUCUUUGGCCUGAAGAACGCCAUAGGUCAUUUCCUUGAUAUUGACCAGCUGCUCUCCGUUCUGGUCCAAAUCCCAAAGCAGGAAACGGUUCAAGUUGCUGAAACAAAGAUUACUCAUGUCAUUCAGUUGAAAUACACGCUCGACCUGGUUCCAAGGUUAAGGAUGGUGCUGCAGAACUGCAACACAGCUCUGCUGAAGGCAUACAGCACCACACUGGACGACAGCAGGUUUGACAUGAUCCUGGAGCAGAUCAAGACGGUGAUAAAUGACGACACUACGUACCUGAAAGGGAGCCUGAACAUGCGCACUCAGAAGUGUUACGCCGUGCGGCCGAACAUCAACGAGUUCCUAGACAUUGCCCGGAGAGCUUAUACCGAAAUAGUGGACGACAUUGCAGGGCUUGUGAACCAGAUGGGGGAAAAAUACGGCUUGCCAGUGCGCACUAGCUUCAGCACAGCUCGAGGUUUCUUUAUUCAGAUGAAGCUUGAAGGAACGGUCUUACCUGAAGGGAAACUCCCCUCAGAGUUUAUCAAGGUAACCAAGCAGAAAAACAACUAUAGCUUCACCACUGCAGACCUCAUGAAGAUGAAUGGCCGCUGUGAUGAGGCCCUGAGGGAGAUCUUUCACAUGUCCUAUGUGGUGAUAUGUCAACUGCUUAGCACUAUCCACGAGCACAUUCACUGCCUUUAUAAGCUCUCUGAUGCUGUAUCCAUGCUGGACAUGUUGCUGUCACUGGCCAAUGCAUGCACCAUCUCAGACUAUGUGCGUCCCGAGUUUACAGACACGCUGGCCAUCAAGCAGGGUCGCCACCCGAUCCUGGAGCGAAUAGCCGGACAGCAGCCCGUAUCAAACAAUAGCUACAUCUCUGAGGGCAGCAACUUUGUCGUCAUAACAGGGCCCAACAUGAGCGGCAAGUCCACUUACCUCAAACAGGUGGCGCUGUGUCAGAUCAUGGCUCAGAUAGGCUCAUUCGUCCCUGCUGAGUACGCCUCUUUCCGGAUUGCCGAUCAGAUUUUCACCAGAAUCGGUGUGGAUGAUGAUUUUGAAACCAACUCUUCCACUUUCAUGUUGGAAAUGAAGGAGAUUUCUUACAUAAUCCACAACGUGAGCAACAGGUCCCUGAUCAUCAUAGACGAGUUGGGACGCGGCACGAGUGCAGAGGAAGGCAUUGGAAUAUGUCACUCAGUUUGUGAGUUCCUCCUUAGCCUAAAGGCGUUCACUCUGUUUGCCACACACUUCCUUGAGCUGUGCCAGCUCGAGUCUCUCUAUCCGAACGUGGAAAACCAGCACAUGGAGGUUCAGCACACACGCAGCAGUGCCACUGGCGCUGAGAGUGUGGUGUAUACGUAUUUACUGAGUCGAGGAUGCUCCGAAGAAAGACACUAUGGUCUUAGAGCAGCCGAAAUGGCUGCCCUUCCUCCAAGUGUAAUCCAAGAGGCAAAGACAAUUGCCUCCAAAGUUAGUCAACAGCUUCAGGCCCAACAUCAAAGUGAUCCCGAAACUCUGAGGCAGAGAGCCGUAUACCACCUGGCCACACGUCUUAUGCAGACCGCCAGAAACUCCAGACUGGACCCCGACAGCCUCCGCAUGUACCUGAGGGGCCUGAAGAAGCAGUAUGAGGCCGAGCUGCAGGCUGCAGAGCCGCCGGUGUGUGUUGACAUGGAGGAAUGAUGGAGUCAGAGAGGCUGAUACACACUUGAGUCUAAUGUUUGUAAAUGGUAUUAAAUAGAUCUCUUUAAACUCCAUAUGUAACGUUAUUUGGGUAUUUGUAAUAUUCAGAGAGAGUGCCGCUACUACAUUUCUGUAAUAUUUUGUGGUGUUUUUGUAAAGUACAACAUGUAAUAACACAAUAUAUAAAAAUA